AUGGGGCAAAUGAGUUACUACUGGUUACCACCCAAGAGGAAAAGCGUUUUCGAGAGGAGCCGAGUGAUUCCACCUCACAGUCAAACCACCCGACAGACUCAAGGAUCUUCUCAAGGUCUACAGCUGGUCUUCAAGCAGGUCGAUGGACUUUACAUAAAACAGUCAGAGGAGUCACAUGCACUCAGUUAUCAGCUGCGAGUGACCUUGUUUGACUCGGGUCACCAGCACUUCUUUGGGCGCACACGGAAGAGCGGAUUAUACUCUGUCAGUGGCACAACGGGUCAGACUGGUCAAGUAUUCUUCAAUGAGGUGGUGUACUUCCACACUUCUCUGUGUUUUAGCUCUAUGGUGGCACUGGUUGAGUUGGUGUCUCUAUCACCCAGGACAGACGGUUUCCAGAAUGCAAUGGGAUCAGGGUUCGGACUCCUACAGCUCUUCACUGGUCACGCAGAGAACAACAUCUCUCAUGGGGAGGAAAGGUUGAGUCUAUUUAAUGGGACCCCUAGAGCUCUCUUGCACCCAAUACUGAAAGACCCUCUGCAAUGUGAGUGUUGA